AUGGUUUUGCCUUCGCGUCUCUAUGACUUCGCCGUUCUAAUCCUUCUAACGAGUUCGCAUUUGCGUGGGGCAGGGCUUAUCUUUAGCCACCUCAAGGUGCAGAGAUUCCCUUUGGUUGCCAAUGUCGCCUUGAGACCAGUGCGAUUUGCCCGGUCUCAGCAGCUGGACGGCGGGCCGGCUGCUUUUGACCGGCUCUUGCCAUUGCCUGGGGUCGACAGGCUUCGUGCGAUACCCGAUGCCGACCCAAAUCAACGCCAUCAACCUGUGCGCCCGCAGAUCGCCAUGCCCGAACAACAAUCCAUUUUAGAGCUUGUUGGGCAGGCGCCAUGUGAGUCCCAGAGCAAUGUGCAGAAUUAA